ACCCUCUGCAGUACCAAAAAAAAAAAAAAAAAAAAAAAAAAGGCAAUAGCAAUGCACAGUCAAAUGACAAAUAUUCAACUCUGUAUUAUUUACUAGGAUCUCAGAAUACUUCCCAGUGCUCUAAUUCACCCGGCAAAGCCUAGGCGUUUUAAACAGACCUGCACUAAAUUGUUUAAUUGAACUAAUUAUCCCUGCAUCCAAACGCUGAGGUAGUUAAUGAUCUCGUUUCACAUGCAAACCCGGAGUGGAAGGCGCGCCUCCAGGACCCCGCAGGGUUAAGCAAUGCCUAGCCGGCUGCUCUGAACCCGAGCUCAGCCUGACAAUGCAGCGGCUCAACGCGUUAUCAUUACUGCGAGCCUGCGGGAAAGCAGCCGCUCCGGGCAGCAAGGAGUUAACACGCCUUCAUUUAAAACCCGAGCGUCUCUUACCUGUGUGAUGUGGGCGGGAGCCUCGACAACCAAUAGCGUGGCUCCGGAUAACUUUCUGUGCAAAGCCAGCGAUGCGAUUGGUUGUCUUUCGACACGCGCCUCACAGGUGAAUCGAAUGGAACCUGGAUUUCAAGAGAGGCGGCCGGGCGCAGGUGCUGAGGAAAAAAAAAUAAAAUAAAAUAUCAAAUCAAAUCAAAUAUAAUAUAAUAUCUGCGGAGAGAGUUCAGCGCCCAGGUCACUACAGCGACGGCUGUACUGAAGAAUGUCGAAGUCCAAAGAGGUCGUUCCCAGCAGCUCUGGAAGCAGCAGCAGCAGCAGUUCACACCAUGAAGAAAACGAGAAGGUGAAGGAGGAGGAGAGGAAGAGGAAGGAGGGGGCAGCGGCUCCACCCCCGGCUGUGAAGAAGCUGAAGAGUGGAGAGAGCAGCUCGCGAUCGAACCCUGCCCCCUCCGCUCCUGCGAGACGAGGAGGAGGAGGAGGCGGGGAGGAGGAGAACAUGUUCCAGAUCGGUAGACUGAGAUAUGUGCGGGUGUCCUCGUUCAAGGAGAAAGUCCUGGUCGAUCUCCGCGAGUUCUACACGGAUAACGAAGGGAAUGUCAAGCCUGGGAGGAAGGGCAUCGCGUUGAACCUGGAACAGUGGACUCGACUCAAAGUGCUGGUCCCCGAGAUCGAUGCUGCCAUACGAAAGUGUUAAAGGAAUUUGUUUUGUGUUUUUAUUUAAUUUUUUGUUUUUUUAACCUCCCA